GCUAGCGAUCGAGGUGACGCACGCGCGGAAGCUGGUAACCUCCUCUUCGCUUCACGGAAAAGUUAACCCCGGCUCGCCCGAACAUGUCCGACGUAGAAAACGACGAUGUGCCAUCCGUGAUGGCGGCGGGUGGCAGCAUGGACGUUAACACGGCGCUGCAAGAAGUUCUGAAGAAUUCGCUCAUUCACGAUGGCGUUGUGCACGGGCUCCACGAAGCUGCUAAAGCCUUGGACAAGAGGCAAGCCAUGCUCUGUAUCUUGGCAGAUAAUUGCGACGAGCCGAUGUACAAGAAACUGGUUCAAGCGUUAUGCAAUGAACAUCAAAUUCCGCUGAUAAAGGUAGACAAUAACAAGAAGCUGGGCGAGUGGGCUGGCCUGUGUAAAAUCGACAGCGCGGGCAAAGCGCGCAAAGUGGUCGGCUGCUCGUGCGUUGUCAUAAAGGAUUUUGGUGAAGACACACCUGCUAAAGACGUCCUAAUGGAAUACCUUAAACAAAGCGCUGUACAUUAACAUCUUUUAAUAAAAUAUUUGACAACUACA